ACGAUCGAUAUUUCGUUCUGUUCCUCCUUUCUCGUAUAAGAACACAGCCCCUCGGGUCGCCGUCCGCCUGCCUAGCCCUCGUUCUUAUAGAGUUUUCCGCUUCUCUUCUUUUUUCAGAUUAAUCUUCGACAACUAUAUUGUAGAUAAAGUUUUGUUGUUCGCGAUCUCCAGAGAGGAUCGCUGUCCGUUUCCAUCUUCGUUUCUGUUUUUUGGAAUUUUGGAGGUGGAUUUCUGAUUAGGGUUUCUUGGGCUAGGAUUAGGGUUUAGUAUCGGGUUGUAAUUCUUGAGGGCGUUGUCGAAUCGAUGGACAAGAAGAAGGUGGCGGUUCCUCUUGUGUGCCAUGGGCACUCGCGGCCGGUCGUGGACUUGUUCUACAGCCCCGUUACGCCGGAUGGGUUCUUCCUCAUCAGCGCGAGCAAGGAUGCAAAUCCAAUGCUCAGAAAUGGUGAGACAGGAGACUGGAUCGGAACUUUUGAAGGGCACAAGGGUGCAGUUUGGAGCUGUUGCCUUGAUACCAAUGCUUUACGUGCUGCUACUGGAUCAGCUGAUUUUUCAGCAAAAGUAUGGGAUGCAAUAACUGGGAAUGAAUUGCACUCAUUUGAGCAUAAGCACAUAGUCCGAUCAUGUGCUUUCUCUGAGGAUACGCAUCUUUUGCUGACUGGAGGGGUUGAGAAAAUAUUACGUAUAUUUGAUUUGAACUGUCCAGAUGCACCUCCAAGAGAAAUUGAUAAAUCACCUGGCUCAAUUAGAACUGUUGCUUGGCUUCACAGUGACCAGACAAUAUUAAGUUCGUGCACUGAUAUGGGAGGUGUGAGGUUAUGGGAUGUAAAAAGUGGAAAAAUUGUGCAAACACUUGAAACCAAGUCACCUGUUACCAGUGCAGAAGUUAGUCAAGAUGGUCGUUACAUUACUACAGCUGAUGGCUCAACUGUCAAAUUCUGGGAUGCAAAUCAUUUUGGACUCAUAAAAAGCUACAACAUGUCCUGCACUGUGGAGUCAGCUUCACUCGAACCCAAGGAUGGGAACAAAUUCGUUGCUGGAGGAGAAGACAUGUGGAUUCACGUCUUUGAUUUCCACACGGGUGAAGAAAUCGCUUGUAACAAAGGUCACCAUGGGCCAGUUCACUGUGUUCGCUUCUCCCCCGGUGGUGAGUCGUAUGCCUCCGGGUCUGAGGAUGGGACUAUCAGAAUCUGGCAAAUGAAUCCGGCUGUGUCAGAAGACCAUGAAUCUCAUGGUUCAAGCGGGCCAUCCGGGAAGGUAAAAGUUGGGGUCAAUGAGGUUGUUCAUAAGAUCGACGGUUUCCACAUCACCGACGAUGGGCCGAGCGAAUAGGAUGAAGUUAUCUGAUGGAUAAAUCUACAAGAAAAGGUUUGUUAUUUGGUUCUCAUUCUUAGUGGCAGUGGUUGUAAGCAGAUGGUUGCUUCUGUGACACCUUAAUCCAGCAAAUAUAUCCAGUUAAGCUGUCUCA